AUUUGUUUACAAAAUUUAAUAUGGUUAAUUUGCAAUUACAAGGCGACAGUUUAAAUUUGAUUAAAACAAAGUCCAUCUUAUCAGCGUUUCUUGCCAGAGUUAAACUAAUGAAGCAAAAUAUUGGACGGGGCGAAUUUUCUCAGUUCCCCAAUUUGUCACAGACAAGCUACCAGGAAGACGACGUUUCAACUUAAGUUCAACAUUUAAAUGCCUCUAUUCAGAUUUUGAAUCUAGGUUUGAGGAUAUUUUGACUAUGGUAAUACCACCGUGGAUAAUUAAUCCAUAUGGUGACAUAGAAGAAACGAAUGUCAUAAUACAAGAGGAACUGACUGAACUAAGUACAAACGAAGAACUUAAGGUUCAGUUUAAAAACGGAUAUCAGCAAUUCUGGCUGCAAAACAACAUACCCGUUACUUAUACCGUAUUAUGGAAUAUAGCGAGGAAAUUUUUAAUUUCCGUUCCAUCGUCAUACCUAGUGGAAAGGGGGUUCAGCGCUGUUACCAAUCUCAAGAUUUGAGAGUAACCCUUACAAAAUUGACGCCAAAUGUUGAUAAUUUAUUAUUAAAGCUAAAAAUAUUGACUUAUUGCUUAUGUUAUUUUAUUUA